AUGCAGGCGGCACAGCCAGCAUCAGCAGCCCAGCUCUGUCAGCCGCUCAGUAACGCCGACAGCAUGCAGCCCUCCCGGCUAACACCAGGUGCUGUGUCACCUUCGCCGGCACCAGGAUGGCAAAGGCAGCCGCCACAGUCUCUGGAGAUGCGCAUAAACCCGUCCUGGCGACGAUCGGCCUGCGACCGCUGUCGCACGCAGAAGUUAAGGUGCGUGCGCGCCAAGGAAAACGACACCUCGAGGCCCUGCACACGGUGCCUGCGCAUCCGAUGUCCGUGUUUCACCAGCUCAGCCAAGCCUCCCGGGAGAGGUUCUGGCAGACUACCUCCGGCGCCAGCGCCGUCUGCGUCCUCGACUGAGGUAGGGUCGGAUGCGGCACCCCCGGCGAACACAUCGACAUCCGACAGGAGGAAAGCGACAGUGACCCGGCGCCGGGCGAGCGGGGAUGUCUCGCUUGAGCCGGAACAGACCUCGCCCGUGUCAAUGGGGAUGGGAAUGGGGUGGCCCUUUAACCAGGACGAAGACCAAAAUGAAGAGGCUGGAGUCUUUGACGAUGGCGGCAUGUUUAUGCUGACGCCAUCCGAGCAGUACCAGCCCAUCGACUUCUUCGACUUUCUAGUCGACAAGGGUUCGAGUGGAUUCGAUUCCGUCGCCAGCGUUCCCCUAGACGUCCACAUGAGCCCCCGGGCAGCUUCACUAUCCCGCUUCCGCCCCGUCACGCAAGCCCUGCCGCCCAUUCCAACCUUCAACUCCACCUCGUCGCCGUCCGAGUUCCAUUUUCAAGGGGAGCUAGACGACGAGCCCGAAGGUGCUGUUGAUAUUUCGGUUGAUGAAGAUCAAGCUUGCAUGCCCUCUCAGACCCCGAACCCGGCGGUUCAACAUUCCCCGGGAGUUUUGCUUGCGCGGCUCCUCGAAUCCCUGUCGGUACAGCUGGUCCGGCUCAAUACGGAACCCUGGGACCUAGGAGUGCUAAGCGUGACAGGCUCGAUCGCGAACUCGGGCGAACUCAAUCUACUUGAAACGGAGGCGCUCGCUAACGAUGAACACACCUUCAAUCCGCUGUUUUCCAUCCUCGUCAGCACGGAGAACUUACUCGAUAUUUGCAAAAUGUUCAUGGCACCCGAGAGCAGUGGAGGGUCCGACGAAGCCUCCACGGCGACAUCAGUGGCCGCAAGUUCAGCAAGCCGCUCGGGGUCGAAGAGACGGGUGCUCUCCAUGCACGAGGCAAACGAGAGCCGUAGCAUCCAAAGCGCAGCCAAGCGAACGUGGAGGCCGAACAGUGCCAUAUCGUCGCUUCCAUUCCCCUUCUCUCCCCCCUGCUCCUCCUCCUCCUCGUCUUCGGGCUCAAACAGAAGGAAGUCAUGGCCUACCUCCUCCUCCGUACCGGGGAUGCCGACCGGCCAGACGACCAUCACCGCCGCCCAACUGCUGACCGUGGUCUCGUGCUAUCUUCAAGUGGUCACCAUCUACAACGACAUAUUCUCACACCUCCUCUUCAAGCUCGCCUUGCCACCACCGUCACCGUCGCCUUCUACACAGCCCCUGGGGACCAAUAAUACUGGCCCCAUCCCCGCCGGGACAAACGUGACACCCACAUCGCGGCAGCAGCGACACUCACACAACCAUUACACACAACAGGCCCAGUCCGCCACUCAUGGUCGUGCGCCAAUGGUGCACAGCCUGGUCCUGGCGGGGUACUCGGUGCUGUUGAACUCAGGACUGCGGAUGCGGCUGUUGGUGGAGGUGGUGGAGCAUCAGUUCGAGCAGAUUGAGCGCGCGCUGGGCCUGCCCGGCCAGUACUGCGUGUCCGCAAGUCACCACCAGCAGGCUCAGCAACAGCACAGGGACAUUGGUGGAGGAGGGCAGGGGCUCCUCGCCGGGCGGGAGGUGGCGACACUGCUAGAAGCCGUCAUGGAAGGUGCCGAUGCCGAUGCUGACGGAAAUGCCAACGCUGGCCGUGACAGCAUGGGAGUCGUCGCGUCGCUGCGGGAAAGCCUUGGGAAAGCGCAGCGAGUGCGGAGCCGGGGGGACUAA